AUGUCAACUACGGCAGCAGCAGCAGCAGCAGCAGCAGCAGCAGCAGCUUCAUCGAAAGCAUCCAAUUUGGAAGCUCCAGAGUUUAUCGGGCCUAAUUUGAAUGUGACUUUGACAUGUCCCGAAUGUAAAAUAUUCCCGCCUGACUUGAUCGAACGAUUCAGCGAAGGUGAUAUCGUGUGUGGUAGUUGCGGUCUAGUGUUGAGUGAUCGAGUAGUGGACACCAGAUCCGAAUGGAGAACGUUUAGUAAUGAUGAUCAGAAUGGAGAUGAUCCCUCGCGUGUCGGUGAUGCGGGAAACCCCUUGUUGGAUACUGAGGAUUUGUCGACCAUGAUCUCCUAUGUGCCGGACAACACCAAACUUGGUCGAGAACUCAGCCGGGCGCAGCAGAAGUCGCUUGUUGAUAAAAAGGAUAAUGCUCUAGCGGCGGCCUACGUCAAGAUUUCCCAAAUGUGCGACGGGUACCAGUUGCCCAAGAUUGUCCAGGAUGGCGCGAAGGAAGUCUACAAGAUGGUUUAUGAGGAAAAACUCUUGCGAGGCAAGUCUCAGGAGUCCAUAAUGGCGGCCUCGAUCUUUAUCGGCUGCAGAAAGGCGAAAGUUGCCCGGUCGUUCAAGGAGAUCUGGGCACUUACCAAUGUCCCCCGAAAGGAAAUCGGCAAGGUGUUCCGUAUCAUGGAUAGAAUCAUCAGAGAGAAGAAUGCCGCUAAUCCGCAGACGGCGGCAUAUUUCAGCCAGGACAAUAUCCAAACCACGCAGACGUCAGCCGAGGACUUGAUUAGAAGAUUCUGUUCGCAUCUUGGUUUGAGUACGCAAAUUACAAACGCAGCGGAACAGAUUGCCAGGAAGUGCAGAGAGAUUGGUGUCUUGGCUGGUAGGUCGCCCACUACCAUUGCAGCCACUGUCAUCUACAUGACUUCGGUGUUGUUUGGCAUCGAUUUGCCACCGUCCAAAAUCUCGGACAAGACAGGGGUGAGCGAUGGUACGAUCAAGACUUCGUACAAGUACAUGUAUGAAGAAAGAAAGAAUUUGAUCGAACCUGAAUGGAUCGAGUCGGGGAAAAUCAAGUUGGACAGCAUACCCAAAAACUGA